AUGCGAGCGGCGGCGGCGGCGGCGGCUCCUUGGGCCGGCCUGGCUCUCCUCUGGGCGGCGGGCUUCUGCGCGGGGGACGCCAAGGGCUACCGGAGGAGGGUUUCUUUGGAGUAUAAUCCAGGCUGGGCCAGCUCCCGCGUAAAUCUACUACACACCCGCGCGGUGGGCCUCAACGACACACUUCACUACGUCUGGAGCACCAUCGGGGUCCCCACGGUGUUGUUGGUGUACACCGCAAGCGACAGCAGCUCCCUUCGCGUCAACUGGACCCAGCUCCUCUCGUCUUCCCCAGCUGGAGCCAUUCGGAUCGAUCCAGCCGACAGUGUCUUAUAUUCCACGGCGGUGGUCUUUCCAAGG